AUGCUGUCGGUGGUGAGUGCCGGCGCCACGGCGGGGGUGGGCGGCAUGGACCGAUUGAGAGGUGGAGGCGGAGGCGGCGGUCGUACGACGCCCAACAAGAACAAUCAUCUGCACUCGAUGGACAUCAGACGUAAUCUGCCCCACAGUAUAUCUCUUCCAGAUGGUGAGGAUCAUCCGUACAACAACAGGCUGCAAAUCCGUGAUACAGAACAGGAGUCUGAAAUUUAUCAAAAAUGCAUACGACCGCCUCCGAACCGCACGGUCCUCGAAUCGGAGUCGCCGCCCUCGUACAGAUCCGGCUCAGGGGGUAGCUGCAACGAAUGGUCUCUGCUGUCGGCGGUCCGCUGCAACUCGACGUCCUCGUCGGCCUCAUCUUCGAGGAGACCCGACAACGCCAACAUCAUCGGAGCGAGCUCCAGCAGCAGCGGCAGCAUCGGCGCAACGAUGGACGGUUGCGGAGCGGCAACGUCGGCGGGAAGCAGCAGCGGCGGCGGACAAAAGACUGAUUUUAUACAAAAGACUGUUAAGAUAUUCACCGGCAAGAAGAGCCAGCAGCAGCAACAGCCGCCGCCGGCGCCAGCACCCACGUUAAUGCCCCACGUCAUCGUUCCCGCAUCGAGGCCGAGACGUCCAAACCCCAACGAACACCACCAUCACCACCACCAUCAUCAACAAUAUCACCAUAGCAACCAACAGCAUCAGCAGCAGCAAAACAACGGCAACGCGCCACGUCCGCCCAAACCGAAUGUCUGACCACACGUUCUCGUCGCUAGGUGAUAUUUGUGAAAGAAAAAAGAAGAAGAAAAUGGAAACAAAACUGAAGCAAACAAAAAAAAAACACAUAAUAAUAAUACAUAAAAGAGAAAAAUUAUUAGGUAAAAAGAUUUUACUAUCUAUAUAUAUAUAUUAAUACUAUAUAUUAAAAUAUAUAUAUUUACAUUAAUUCCACACUUCAUAAGCAUAUAUAUAUAUAUAAACAAACAAAAAAAGUAUAUAUAUAUAAUAAGAGAGACAGUGAGAGAUUGAGACAGAGAUAGAUAGAUUAGUUAGAUAAGUUGGAGGAAAGGGACGAAGAUGAGGAUGAUAUAAUAUGUGUAUAUAUAUAUAUUUUACGACUCAUUUAAAUUGUAUGUUAUAAUAUGGAUUUCUUUGCAUCAACGAAUGGACGUUUAGUAUUUUCUUUUUAUAUAUAUACAUGCAUAAAUAUAUAAAUGAAACAAAUCGAGGAGAGCAGUGAACAGUGGAAGAAGAACUAGAGAGAACAUCCAAGAGCGCGAAGUGAAAACAAAAAGGACACAAUAAAUGCAUGAGCGUGCUUUUGUUUCCGGCCACCCACGAUCGUCGUAAAUCGGAUAAAUCCCCUAAUAUAUAUAUGAAAUGAAU